GUCAGUGGUUCAUACGAACGAACAGUCACGAGACAACAGUCAACUGCGUGUCCUUUCUCAUCAAACCAAACCCUCUGGUUCUGUCUUGGGACAGUCAGCAGAGUCAAAUUUACCUGGACGAAACCUGUAUUAGACCUGCAGCGAAAGAACUAGUGAGAUGGAGAAGGACAGCAUCAGCAAAAGGAAGGAGACACUGAAUGGCACUGUGGCUUCCAGUGUGGCCUCCCCUUCCCAGCACACAGAGGAGGAAGUGAGGGCCACUGUGCUCCAGAAGGAUGUGGGACUGAUCAGUGGGAUCUGUCUGAUUGUGGGGACAAUGAUUGGAUCUGGGAUCUUCAUUUCUCCGAAGGCAGUGUUGGCCGGCACAGGGGCUGUGGGGCCUUGUCUUUGUGUGUGGGCAGCCUGUGGGGUCUUGGCCACACUAGGGGCACUGUGCUAUGCAGAGCUCGGCACAAUGAUUACCAAGUCUGGAGGGGAAUACCCAUAUCUGAUGGAGGCCUAUGGGUCAGUCAUGGCCUAUCUGUAUUCUUGGACUACCAUCAUGGUCCUCAAGCCUUCCUCAUUUGCCAUCAUCGCCCUCAGUUUCGCUGAGUAUGCUGCUACACCAUUCUACCCAGGGUGCACCCCUCCAAUGGUUGUUAUGAAGUGUCUGGCUGCAGCAUCCAUUUUGCUGAUUGUGCUGGUGAAUUGUGUGAGCGUGAAGCUGGCAAGCUAUGUGCAGAACUUGUUCACUGCAGCGAAGCUCUUCAUCAUCAUCGUCAUUGUGGUGGCUGGAAUAAUUAUGGUGGCACAAGGAAACACACAAAACCUUACAAAUACAUUUGAGGGAGCAUCCACUUCUUUCGGAGCGAUUGGACUGGCAUUUUAUAAUGGUCUUUGGGCAUAUGAUGGGUGGAAUCAGCUAAACUUUAUAACAGAGGAGCUUAAAGACCCAUACAGAAACCUGCCCCUAGCCAUCAUUAUUGGGAUCCCCCUGGUGUCUGUCUGCUACGUCUUUGUAAACAUAGCUUAUUUCUCCGUGAUGACCCCCACUGAGGUGUUGCAGUCCCCAGCUGUGGCUGUGACUUUUGGUGACAGAGUCCUUUACCCCAUGUCCUGGCUGGUCCCUUUGUUUGUGGUUUUCUCCACCUUUGGUGCUGCCAAUGGGAGCUGUUUCACUGCUGGCAGGCUGACCUAUGUGGCAGGUAGGGAAGGUCACAUGGUGAAGAUCCUGUCCUACAUUAGUUUGAAGCGAUGCACUCCAUCACCUGCUCUCAUUUUUAAUGGGAUAUUGGCCAUCUUUUAUAUCCUUCCUGCAGACAUCAAUUCCCUCAUUAACUACUUCAGUUUCGCACAGUGGGCCUUCUAUGGACUCACAGCUUUAGCACUUAUUGUGAUGAGAUUCACCAGGAAAGAGCUGAACAGACCUGUCAAGGUGCCCAUAGUUAUCGCAGGUCUCGUAGUCUUGGUUUCCUGCUACCUGGUCCUGGCUCCCAUCAUUGACAAGCCUGAGCUGGAAUAUCUCUACUGUACGAUCUUCAUCUUGAGUGGAAUGGUGUUCUACUUUCCGUUCGUUCACUGCAAACUCAGCUGGACUCGUAAGAUCAUGCGGCCCAUAACAAUGCACCUCCAGCUGCUAAUGGAAGUAGUUCCACCAGAGAAGGUUCAAUAAGGAAUAAGAAGGACCAGAGAAUAAAGAGGAAGAGACUUUUAUGGACACUGACAUGGAGCUGAAAAUAAAGGCAAGCAGGAUGGUGUUGUGGCAGGAUAAUUUAAGGGAAAUUUCAAUUAUAAAUGAACUGUCUGAAUACAAAGACAAUGAGAGGAAUGUACUGAUUUGCUGAUGGCUAAUCUGCUAUUACUAAACGUGCUUUUGUUCCCUAUCCAUCUUCUUGAUUGUGCCAGGCAAACCAUCUUGCACAUGGGGUAGCUCAUCCUCGCUCUGGUGGUUGCAGCAACCCAAGUAAAAAUAUUGGCAUCAAGAGAAAUGUAUGACCAUAAUUAUAUGUAUCUUACUCACACAGUCCUAUACAGCUGAUAUGCUUCCAAUGUUUAAGAUGAAUUCUAAACGGAGUUCCCUUUAAGCUUCAAGCUGUUUUUUGUGUUGUAUAUGUACAUGAAAA